AUUUUAUUUUAUACCUGAUUAACCUCAGAACCUGAUACGGUGAGGUGAGGUGAGCAGUUGAGACUUGAGAGAGGCUGAGGCUUGAGCCUUGAGCUGUUGUCUGUUGAGCGAACAGUGGAGACUGGAGACUAGAGAGAGGCGGAGAGCAGAGACUAGAGAGAAAGGAUUGAAAUGGACAGGUUCCGGCAAGAGAAACUACAGAGAUAUGAGGAAUUUGUUGAUAAACGCUUGAAACCAGAUCUUGUUCACGCUAUCGCUGAGCGGGACAAGGUCUUUGAACAGCAAAAAACUUUCUCAGAUUUACGAAAGAACAUAGAGAAUCUAGAGAAAAAUAGUGUAACCAGUCUUAGGACAUUGGUCAAUCUUGGUUCUGAAGUGUACAUGCAAGCUGAUGUGCCAGAUACACAGCGCAUAUUUGUGGAUAUUGGACUAGGAUUCCACGUGGAGUUCACCUGGUCUGAGGCUUUAAAUUUUAUAUCGCAAAGGGAAGAAAGGUUGGCAAGGCAAAUAGAGGAAUAUACUCGACUUAUUGCAUCUAUUAAAGCCCAGAUAAAGCUGGUUUAUGAAGGGAUUCGGGAGUUACUUCAACUUCCAGCAGAGAGAUCUGUACAAGGUCCUGUAUUUUAACAUUCGACUUACAUGACUUGCACUGCCUUAAGAAGAAAGGAAAAAAUUGUAGAAACAGAAAAACAAAGAUUUUUGGCAAUGCAAAAUAUUACUCUGCAGUUUACACGGUUC